AUGAUUGAUUAUCUUCAUGUCUUAAUAUAUUUUGAACUCGAAGAAGAUAACCAAAGAUGUUGGAUGAAGGGUUGGUGGAAUUUUGAAAAUCAUGUGAUGCGAGUGCUGAAAUGGACAACCAGUUUUAAUCCAAAUUUUGAAUCUUCGAUUGUGCCGGUUUGGGUUUCUUUUGGGGGUAUGCCGGUGCAUCGAUUUAAUGAAGAAUAUCUGAGGAAGUUAGCCGGCAUAAUUGGAAAACCUUUAAAAAUUGAUGUUCCCACUUUGAACAUGUCAAGACCUUUGGUUGCAAGAGUGUGCAUGGAAGUGGAUCUUUUGAAAGACUUGCCAAAACGAAUUCAUCUCGGUGUUGAAGGAAAUACAUACUUCGAGGCGGUUCCGUAUGAGAAUCUUCCAGAGUAUUGCAUGGAAUGCAGCAAAAUUGGACACUCAGUGAAGAACUGUAAGCACACAAAAGAAUGGAAAAGUAAGGUUGAUGAUACCACAGAAGCAGGGAAUCAAAAACAGACAGCAAACUCGAAAAAUUUGGUUGUAAAAACAUCUAUUGAGAAGCUUCAAAUCAUGCCAAAGGAAGCACCAAACCAGACGAAACAUGUGUGGAAGGCUAAGCCCUUGGUUCUACAUGAAAACGAGAUGGAGAAAACAAAAGAUCAUCAUGGUCCAUCCACCUCCGGCUUAUCCCAUGAAGAAAAACAAAGUACCCUAGUUGAUGUAAUGGAGCGAAGUCCUUUGAUCCAAAUUCAAUCAUCUGGGAAAAGAAAACUAACGAAGGAGAGGUUGGUGUCAAUUAUACAAGAAAAUGAUAAAGAACCAUCACUCUUGGAUUCUUGGGACAUUGUGGAAUUGAAAAAAUUUGCAGUCUUGGCUGAUUUGGACAAUCCAGUAACUGGGGACACGGAAGUAGAUGCUAAAUUACAGGAGGACAUUGAUUCUGAGAUUUUGGUCUCUAUGGAUGAUUCUGAAAUUGGAGGUAGUUCAGACUUCGUCCCAACUGAGGAAGCUCGCGUUUCUGCUUCAGACGGGGAACAAAGGAAGAAAAAGCGUGGACAUCCAAAAGGAUCCAAAAAUGGGGUAAACAAUAAUGGGAACGAAGGUGAAACUCGUCGUUCGGCGAAACUCCAAGGUGGCAUUCCUCCCAAUGUUUAA